AUGUGGUUCGGUAAACAAUUGGACUUUGGAAAUUUCAAAUCGUUCGGAUCGGUGGUGUAUGUUCACGUUCCAAAGCAAAAGCGGCACAAAUUGGACGAAAAAGCCGAAAAAUGUUUGUUUGUUGGUUACGGUGAAAAUAUAAAGGGAUAUCGCGUUUACAAUCCCAGCAAAAGAACAGUAACAACAGUUCACGAUAUUAUUUUUGAUAAAAAUGAUUCUAAAAACGAUAACACGGAUAAAAAUGUGUGUGAAUACGGCAAUGAAGACAAUGACAAUAAAGUGAUUGUGCGUAUAAGUUUUGAUGAAGAAGAGGAGAAUCUGCGUUCGGGAAAUGCGAUAAAUGAGAACGACGACUCGAUAAACAAUGAAUCAUUGGAUGAAACAGUGAUCAACGACAACGAUACGAGCUAUGCAUCGGAAAGUGACAUUAGUGUUUCAUCAACGGGUAGCUUGGGCAACGAAACUGAAAUUGAAGUUUUUCCAUUGAGAUCGAAUAAUUUUUGUGACGUUCAAGCAUCGAAUGUUGUUGAUUCGCGUACACGUUCAGGUGCAAACAUCGCAAGUUGUGCAUUUUUGGCAUCAACUUCGGAGCCUACGACUUACAAUGAAGCCGUAAACGACGAAAGAAGUGAGGAAUAG